AUGGCCUCGCCAUCAGUUUGUACCAAGACAUUUGAACUGAAUAAUGGCAGCCCCGGAACAGACGACGAUAAGGCUCUUGAAAAUUCCAUCAUCCACGCCCUGAAGAGCGGCUACCGCCUCCUCGACACGGCCCAAGCCUACGGUGUCGAGCAUAUCGUCGGCCGCGCCGUCCGCGAGAGCGGCAUCCCGCGCGAGGAAAUCACCGUCGUGACCAAGUUCUGGGGCGAGUGGCACCAUGAUCCCGCCGAGGCGCUGCGCAUUUCGCUCGAGAGCUUGGGACUCGACUACGUCGACGUCCUGCUGAUGCACUGGCCGUGGGCGACGACGCCGAAGCCCGAGAAAGCCGUCCUGCGACCGCAUGAGGACCCGCGCUUCGAGGAUACCUGGAAGAGAAUGGAAAAACUGGUCGGGCCCACGUGCAAGUCCAUCGGCGUCAGCAACUUUUCGCAGAAGACGCUUGACCGGCUGCUGGAGAAGGCCAGCAUUGUGCCUGCCGUGAAUCAGGUUGAGCUUCACGCAUUGAACCCGUGCCUCAAGCUGGUACCGUACUGUCAAGAGAAGGGCAUCCACGUGAUGAGCUGGUCGACACUUGGAGGGUCCCGCGCUGGUGAGGAGAACCAAAUUCUCCAUCAUGAGACGUUCACCAAGAUUGCCGAUGCACACGGCUGCUCGGCCGGCGUGGUGUCCUUGUCGUGGGCUGUCCAGCGCGGCAUCACGGUCAUCCCCAAGAGCAGCUCGGAAAAGCGCAUCGCGGAGAACAUCAAGCUUGUGACACUGAGCGACGAGGAGAUCGAUACCAUCAACAAAGCCCAGGACACCAUCAAGAAAUAUCGCAUCGCUGAGGGCAUCCAGCGCCUAAAGGGUGAGGUGGAUGGGAAGCUCGCCCUCAGCGGGUGGACCAUGGAGGACUUUGGGUGGGAAAAUGCUAAGGGCAAUUGGUUGACCUGA